AAAUCAAAAAUAAUAAUAAUAGAUCGUAUGUAUGUAUUAUUGUUUUCAUAAUUAUUAUGUCAAUAAGUAUCAUGUAUUUCCUCUCGGGACUCUUUAUUUCUAAUAAUACAUACACGUUAACUUGCGAUAUUUACAAAUGAAGGAAGAAUACGAGUCUCAUACGUUUUCGUUCUACUACAAACGAUAUAUUACGUAGUACGUAUAUUUUGUAAAAAUUAAAUUAGACUUGUACCUCCUAUAGAGAUCUCGCUUUCCUAUUUCUAGCUUAAGUUAUAAUAUACAUACAUAUAUAGCAUUCGAAGGAAAAUACCGUUUCGCUCGCUUAGAUUAAUGCCCUAACCCUAUUCGUGCGUGUAUAUUAUGUACACACUCACUCACUAAAUGGUUUUCGUAAAUGAUAAUAAUCUCUUCGGAUCGACAACACAAUUACCUAUACUAUUAUUUUUAAUUUUUUUUUUUUUUUUUUUUUUUUUCUUUUUGUUUUUUUGUUUUAUAAAUAUCAUUCGAUACGUUCGUCGUACCGGUGGUUGUUUUUAGGUAUUAUCAUCGCUCGUGUCGAGUUGCAACGUCGUGUUUUACGAGGCCCGACUUCGAACACCUUAAAUUAGUACGAAAAUUAUCGUAUACGCGAUGUGCGUUUUUAGAUUAUUAAUAAGGUAUCUUAGCUUUCGAUCCGUCGAUCGAUCGGAAUAUAUUAAUCGUUUUUAAUAGAAUAAAAUAACUUUUAAACGGGACUCGAGGUACACGCGUUGAACUAUAUCGAAAUUAAACGUCGAUAUCAUUCGCUACGAGCGAGCUAUUAGGCGAGUUAGACUCUCAUCCGACGGACAGGCUUACGAGGUAUCGCUCGGUGCUAUCGAUCUUUAAACGUACAUAAUAAAAUAUGAAAAUAUCGUAUUUAAAAAGAUACCUGUUAGUGAAAAGUUUUCAGCGUUCGUACGAGAAAUUGUCUAGCGACGUAGCGGCUCUCCUUACGGUAUUGCCGAUACUCUUCGAACUACUAGCGACCUCUGUCCGUCCACACGUCCGUUUCUGUAAAAAAGUUCUCAAUAGAGUCGUGUUCUAUCCGUGUGACAGUUUGUUCGUGCGUGUUUUAAUUGAAAAAGAAAAAUAAUAAUAAUAACAACAAAAAAUGGCCGAUACAGCAGUAGCGACCGAAGCCCCAGCACCCGCGACCCCGGCGAAGAAGCCUAAGGCUUCGGCCGCCGCGGGCGGCGCCGCCAAGAAGCCGAAGGCUAAGCCCACACACCCUAAGACAUCCGAAAUGGUAAACAGCGCGAUAAAAGAGUUGAAAGAGCGCAGCGGUUCCUCUCUGCAAGCGAUCAAAAAAUAUAUCGCCGCUCAAUACAAAGUCGAUUCGGAAAAGCUGGCUCCGUUCAUCAGGAAGUAUCUGAAGAGCGCCGUGGAAUCGGGAGCUCUCAUACAGACGAAGGGCAAGGGCGCUUCCGGCUCGUUUAAGCUCGAAUCGAAAUCGUCCGCAUCGAAGAAACCGGCCGGCGGCAGCGGCGGCGGAGCAUCGGGCGGCAAGGGCGCCUCGUCUUCGGCCGCGUCCGGUAAAUCGAAGAAAGCCUCGUCCGCUUCGGCCGCAGGCAAGGGAGGCGCGAAGAAGGCCGCCGCCGCCGCUGCCGCCGCCGCCGCUGCGGCCGCCGCGGCCUCCGCCGGUGCGGCGUCAUCGCCGUCGAAGUCCAAACCGAAGGCAGCGACUAAGGACAAAAAAGCCGCCGCCGCUAAGAAGAAGCCGGCGCCGAAGAAGGCGGCCGUCGCCGCGACGCCUUCUAAGGCGAAGGCCGGCGCCGCGUCGAAGGCGAAGAAGAGUGCCAAACCGCCCACUAAGAAGCCAAAAGCUCCUAAACCGAAGAAGGCAGCCGCAGCGACGCCCAAGUCGAAAGCGGCAGCUAAGAAAGCGGCCGCCGCCAAGAAGUAAGCCGGUGACGUACGAAAGUGUUAAAACAACAACAAUAACAACUUCACGCGUCUCACGACGCCCUCGCGGUGUCGCUCGGCGUGUCGUCGUUUCGUUGCCAUCAUCACCAUCAUGGUAAUCGUCGUCAUCGUGCCGUCGGCCGCAGCGUCCGUCCGUUGGCGCGAUGUCGCUGCGACGACUACGACGAUGUUGAAGAAAAAGAAAAAGAAAAAAGAAGAAGAAGAAUAAUAAGACGACUAAGUCGGGUGUCGAUACAAGCGAGUGCGGCGCGUUAAUCGCACACUAAAAAGCCCUUUUCAGGGCUAACAAAAACUUCCCAAAGCAAUCGUAAAUUUUUACGUAUCUACGCGACGUUUCAAACGAUCAUAUGACGUCAAUAUACAAAAAGAGUCGCAAUAUAUUAAUAGGUGUACCAUACAAUCGUAUUUAUAAAAUAAAUAAACAAAUAAUAGAAAAAAAAAAAUCUCAUACUAUAAACACAUACACAGACGCUACGAGUAUACAAACAAAGCUUUUUCGCGUUACUACUACAUAUCUAUAAGUAAAAAAUAAAAUAAAAUGAUAAUAUCAUACAAUUUACGACAAUAGAAUAUCCGCAAACGUUCAUUAUCAUUGAAAGUAAACAACAACAGUAACAAUAGAACAACUAAUUAAAGCAUUUAUCACUUACAAUAUUAGUUAUAA